GCGGCGUUUAUGAUUUAUACACCAAUAGCCAGACACACAAUAUUGAUGAUCCCGAAGCACGAUUGAUUACAUCAACUUCUAAACACUUUAAAUCAGAAAUAAUGAACAAAUGGAGUUCUGUUGGAAUAGAACAAGUUAAAGUUCUCAUCUACAAAAAUGGAUUAGUUAAAGCAUUCUUGAUCUUUGACGGCAUUGGAUCAACAAGCACUAGCUGGUUUUCAUUAGAUAAACUACUAUCUAGUUCUUAUUCUGAUUUGAAAGGAGCCGAUACAAACAAAAUAGGUUUUUAUUUCGACUUACGAGGCCUUGAAGAUACUAACAAUAUUAAUUAUCGACGUUUUUAUGUGAAUGGUGCAUGGGAUACCAGCGGACACUGCCUGGAUUCGGGAUGGUUAAUGGUUUCAGAUGUUUUAUCAACCGGCGAUUGCCAGUACGAGACAAACCAUCUUUCUCGAAAACCGUUCAUUCUAUUUAGUCCGUACUCUACACAGAUUAAGUUUGAUGAAGCUAACAUGGACGAAAUUUUAGCAGAUAGUUUAGCAAUUUUCGUAAAAUUCCAAACAAGAGUUUGCCGAUCUCUCCCAGUUUGUUCACAUCCCAUCCAACUCUACGAUACCAAGUUCUGUUAUGAUCCAUGCCCAGAAAUCACAACCAAUGGAUAUUCAUCUUCCCAGACAGAAACUACUGAAUUUGCCACAACGCUUCCGACGAGUCAGCACGUACCUUCGACAGCACACACUACGAUACCAGAGCUUACAACGGGUAUUACGACCCUCAGAACAACUGCCAGUGCGAGCACACAGGGGCUUUCUAUCAACCACAAACAUACAAACAGUAAGAUUUAA